AUGAUUAAGGAAUACACUCACCAACAACUCUUGGAUAUUGCAUUCUCGCUUGACGAAAAAAUCAAUUUUAAAAUCCUUCAAAUAAUUCUACGCGAUAUUUUGGGUAAAAUUGGAUUACGGAGUUCAACUAUUAGAAUUGAUCUGGGUGAAAACAUAACGGAGCAAGAAUCGAUGGAAGACAAUAGUUUGGAUUCAGAUAUAAAUGAAAACAAAGGUAUUCCUGUUGAAAAUAUUUUGGAAAUUCAAGAUGGCAUCGACUCUUCUAUGGUAGAAAUUCAAAACGAAUCGAAUUUAGACUCUGUUGUUGAUAUGAAAGAUGGAAAUAUGUACACCAUGCAUCAAGAAAGCGAUCUUACAGUCGAGGUGCAAUAUCUUGGAAAUUAUGAAAAUGAUAAACUGGAUGAAAAAUCAUCAGAAAAUAUAAUUGGAGAGAAAUCGGCAGAUGAAUUUUUCAAUGAAGAAAUACUGCAGUGUUCGAAAUCGACCAUGCUAAAAACUGCUGAAGAAUAUUCGAAAGAUUAUCCUCAUAUUAUAGUCAAAAAAAUUAAUUUAAAUACUACGAAUAAAUCCAGCGAUGAAAGGGAUUAUUCAGAAGACUUAAAUAUUGAAUAUUCUAAAAUUAUGCCGGUUUCUAUCAGCGAAGAAACUACUGGAGAUGAAAUCGAAGAUAAUUCUAAAGCAAAACGUAACGAAAAUUACGUUAAGCUGCCGAAAAUUUGCAAUUUAUACGAAAAUAAAUUAACAUAUAAAACACCUUUUCCGAAUAACAAUGUUCAAGAUGAAUCAGAGAAGCUACCCUCGAUAGAUAAUGAAGAAUACGGAUGUAAACAUUUGGAAAAAUGUAAAAAUAAUAUUAACAUCUUCAACAAUUACGAAAUGGCGAGUAAGAAGGAGAUCAGCAUCCAUACAAUUUCUGAUAAAACAGGAAGAAUUAAGCAGUUUUCUGAUAUGAGUGACGUGUUAAAUUCGAAUAUUCGGAAUAAUCAAGCGGAAAAAUUCAAAUUAGAUCAGCCGCAGAACCAACAAAAUUUAAAAAAGAAAAUGGACGAGAUGAACGAAGCGUUAAGUAAAUUCGAAAACGAUUUGAAGACCGUUAAAGAAGGAUGUGAUAAAAAUAAGAAAGAGAUUGAAAGUAGAUUGAAGGCCUUCGUGUUUAAGAAAACCAUCAACGAGUUAAAGGAAAAUAUUUCUAAUUUGCAAAGUAAAUUUUAUAAUGAAGAACAUAGGAUCAACGACAUUAAUCAACAAUUGGAACAAUUGUUUCGAAAUAAACUGGAUAAAAAUCGCUUCCUCAUCCAUCGGGAUGCUCUGACUAAAAAAUUAAAUCAGAUAAAUAAACAAAUUGAAAAUAUCGAGCAAGAAUUGGAAGGUUAUUCGGAUGAUAAUUUGAAAUUAAGAAAUAAUCGCAUUCGUUACGAAAGCGAAUUUUCCGAAUAA